UCAUUAUUUUGACUGGUGUACCCAAACGCAACGCCUCCGUAAGGCUAUUUUUCCUUACAAAAAUUUGCCAUUCUCUUAGCAUUUCCGACUGAGAAUGAGCGACAGCAACAAUCAACUGAACUGUGUGCUCGACCUGAUGAGGCGUUUACCUCCUCAACAGAUUGAUCGCACACUGAUGGACAUCAUCAGUCUUGUCCCGAACCUGUGUGAAGAUAUUCUGAGUUCCAUUGAUCAGCCUCUGAAAAUCGCUCGGGAUGCCAAGGCAGGCCGGGAUUACUUGUUGUGUGAUUACAAUCGGGACGGCGACUCUUAUAGAUCCCCUUGGUCUAACACCUACGAUCCUCCUUUGGAAGAUGGUGCUAUGCCAAGCGAGAGUUUACGCAAGCGCGAAAUCGAAAUAAAUGCAGCUUUCGACCAAUAUCGGGAAAUGUACUACGAAGGCGGAAUAUCCUCGGUUUACCUUUGGGAUAUGGAUCAGGGAUUUGCUGGGGUCAUUCUGAUCAAGAAAGCAGGCGAUGCGAAGUUGGCCAGUGGAUGUUGGGACUCGAUUCAUGUCAUUGACGUAAUUGAGCGAACGUCAACCAAAGUGGCUCAGUAUAAGCUUACCAGUACCGUGAUGCUAUGGUUGCAGACGCAGCGAGAUGCGGCGGGUUAUUUCAACCUCGGCGGCAGCCUCACUCGCUUCCACGAGCGUGAUGGAUCGUUGGGCGAAUCAGGCCAAUCCAUCACCACUUCUCACAUAGUCAACAUUGGACGACUAGUUGAAGACGCGGAGAACUCCAUCCGUUCUAAUUUGAAUGAAGUCUAUUUUGGCACGACGAGGAACAUCGUGGACUCUCUCCGUUCCAUCGUUCCGGCUUCGGAAGAGGAGAAACGCCGACGUCUUGUGCAAGAAGUUCACACCGCACUCCAAAAUAUGUCACAAACCCCGUAAUGUUGCUACUUUUUUAAUUCACGACCAGGAAGAAUACUGGUCAUCCAAUCAUUCUGGAACUCUUUUCGUGACUUAUUAUCGUAAUCACGCUUGCUUCCGUUCCAACUAUUACUGUUCCCUCCAUUUCGCCGCUUCCAUGCACCAGACUUUGCUCCAUUGGAGGGCUAGUGAAAUGCCGGCUUUCUGCUCCAACUCCCCACAUGUUCGAGGAGCUUUUGGAUGGCACUGAAGUGUCCCACACUAAUCCGUGCGUAUGCACGCUUCCUUUGCACUGCUUGGUCGCUCCACACCCACGCCUCACAUUCACGUGUCAACCAUAUGAACUUCCGUGGUUUCUGGCUCCAUAUGAUCCCAUUCCCACCACAAGUCUCUGUGAAUGGUAACACUUUCUUCUGUUCAUUCUCUUCCACGACCGCACCCACACGCAGUGACGCGCACUCAUACUUUGCUCAAUCUGAUUGUGUUUUGAGACGUGGUCCAUCGCGCGAUGAUUGCCAACAGUGUCGUCGUUUUGUGACACUCAUUCCUUUCCUCUGUUUGGCCCUUGCUUUAGAUAUGUAUUUUUCCAAAUUAUAUCUUUUUAUAUAUGCAUUUUGAGUGACGAUCGCGCAUCGUGAGUAUUGCAAAACACCGGAUCUGUUGAUAUUACUCGAAGACCUUGACGACAAGAAGUCCACCAUGCCGGUGGCCAUUGCUUCUGUCAUGGUGACAAGAAAAUACACGGCAGAGGGAAAAUAAUCUGUUCCCGGUCAGUCUCAAUGUUCUGAGCGCACAUCACAGUGUUA